GAUCCAAACACGGAACAAAACCCUCCCACUUUCUUUCUUUCGUGUCCGUACUCUCUGUGUGACACGAAUGACUAUAGCCUCUGAUGAUGAAACCACACCAUCAAAAGUCAAAAACACUCUUCACUAUAACACCACAAACACGAACAUAGAUCCUUUGUUUCACUAGUUUCACCACCAUUUCUCUCCUAGAUCUUCUGCCCCUUUUGUUGCAUGCACGAUUACAGCUUUUAGUCUUGAUGGGGUUCUGCUGUUUUGCUCAAAAAUGAAAACUCUGGACCAUUUCUGAACUUGGGUGUGACUCUACAAUGGUGGGUCUGGAUUGAUUUUUGCUUUUACUCUAGUUUUUUGGGUUGCCAGUUUUUUUGCUCUAGCUGCUGAGAAAUGGGUAGUUCGGAAGAGUCCAACAUCAAUGCGUCGGUGGGUGGUUUGGUUUGGGUCCGGCGCCGGAAUGGGUCAUGGUGGCCGGGUCAGAUACUGAGUCUGGAUGAAGUGUCGGAGGACUGCUUGGUUUCUCCGAAAUCGGGUACUCCUGUCAAGCUGUUAGGUCGAGACGAUGUUAGUGUGGAUUGGUAUAAUCUUGAAAAAUCAAAGCGGAUAAAAGCUUUUCGUUGUGGAGAUUAUGAUAAAUGCAUUGAGAAGGCAAAAGUAUCUGCUGCCAGUUUAAACAAGAAGGCAGUAAAGUAUGCUCGAAGGGAAUAUGCUAUUAUUCAUGCUCUUGAGCUAGAGAGUGCUAUCCUGGACAAGGAAAACUCAUGCUCCAGAUUAGAUAGACCUGGUAGUGAACAUGGUGGAUCAGCUGGAGAAUUACCAAUCAUAUCUGACUCUGGUGAUGACAAUGAGGAUGUGACCAAUGAUCUGACUGACUCUGAAGUCAAUUCUAAUUCAGCUCUAGAAUUAUCACAAUCUGCUAUAUCUUUUGAAGAGCCUAAUCAUAAUGGUUCUUUAAAGAUGCAAUCUACACAGGGAAGGAGGAGAAGAACACCUAAUGAUUCUGAAGAUGAUGGUACUGAAGGAGUCAAGCGAAUGAGAGGACUUGAGGACCUGGGCAUUGGCGUAGUUUCAAAGAGAAAGGUCCAGGGCACUGGUACAACUGAGAUAGUUCAGAAUGGUGGUGCCUCACUCAACAAAACAACCGCAGGGAACUGCCUGGUGAACGGAACUUCUGUUAAUGGUGGUAAGGGUUAUUCUUCAACACUGAAAAGGAAGAGAUCACAAGUGCCAAAUGUUCAUGAAUUCUUGAAAAGGAAAAACCGACGCCGGCCAUUGACAAAGGUUUUAGAGAGUACAGCCAUGUUACCAGUUCCUGUCAAUUGUGAUCAGCUUCCUAGUUCAAGCAGUUCUCCACUAAAUGGGAUAACUGAUGGAAGGAUUUCAGGAUUAGAUUCUAAUGAUUUAAAUAAAGGUUCUCCAACUGCAAAUCACAAUUCAGAUAGCAUUGAUGCUGCUUGUGAGAAUGGGGCUUCAUUAAUUGUUCAUGACCAGUGCAAUGGUGCUUCGGCUUUCCAUAUCGAUGACAGGGUUAUGGAGAAUGAGACUUCUGGUAUACCAGGGCUAGUUGGCAAUGGUUCUCCAGACAAACUAUUUGAUGUGCCUUUUGUUGGGGUUCUGGGGGAGGAGAAGAACCCUCCAGGUUCGUCACCCAUACUUGUUUCUUGUUCAUCUGGCAAGCCUCAAAUUUGUGCGUCGGGUCAGCAAUCUUGUCAUGCUAGUCAAUCUGACACUGUGUCAUUGAGAAAUGAGGGCAAGAAUGAAUAUGGUUGUACCAUUUCAGCUGCUGGUGACAGUAUAGUUGGCCAUAGUGCAGGCAAAGAUAGUUCAAAGUGGCAGUCAAAAGGAAAGAGGAAUUCAAGACAUACUAGUAAAAGUAGAAAACAAGUAAGAAAAUACAUGGACAUAAGCCGAGAAUCCAGUGCUUAUUUACAAGGAAUAGGGAACUCAGAUGGAUUCUGUCUGAAUGCUGGUCAGAAAGUUGAUUCAAAUGGCAUGUGUGCACCUAAUGCUUCACACAAUCGUUCUUCUCAAAUUAAGUGCAAACCUGUUUCUGAAGGCCAAUCAGAAGGAUUUGGGGACAUGGCAAAGCAUAUCAGGGGUACAGUGGCAGAGGCGAAGCUAUUACCUGAUAUGCCUCUCACCCCUCAGAGAUCGCUUCCUUAUCGCCAUUCACGCUUCACUGUUAACUCCAGAUAUCAAAUGGCAGAUUUUCCUGGAAGAAAUCAUUGUUCCGAUGGUUCGCUAUAUGAUGUUAAGGUAGAAGUUAAAUCCAGCUACAGGCCACAACAUGUCCCUCUGGUUUCUCUUGUGAGUAAACUGAGUGGCAAAGCCUUUAUCGGACACCCUUUGACAGUUGAGGUCUUGGAUGAUGGUCAUUGUGAACAAGUUUUGAGUGGCAUUAGUAUUGGAUGUGACCUAGAAGUUGGUGACAUCUACUGUGAGGCCAAGCCAAACGUGGUAGCCGGAAGAACACGUUCCAAGAACUCAUCACGUCUUUCAUCUCGUAAAUCUUCCAAGACCAAGAAAUCUGGGCUGUUGAAUAAAAAGAUUCGGAAGCUAUCCUCACUGACUGGUCACAGGCAGUCAGAAGAGCAGAGAAAACCAGUGGUAGAGAAGCUGAAAGGACCUGUUAUAGCUUGUAUUCCCCUGACAGUAGUAUUUAGUAGGAUAAAUGAAGCAGUGAGUGGCCAGGCACGGUUAACACCCCAUGCAUUACCAACAUCCAACCAAUGACUUCAGUUACUGGGGAGUUGCAAUGAAUGAAUGGUGCAGAGAAUUGUUUCUUUGGUAAUUUGAAAGAUUUUGGUUUAGUUUUGUAGCGCGGCAUAUUCUGCCACGAAGGUUUAAUCUUCUGUACAAUUUCAAGACAUUUUCAUGUAGAACUGAUAGGAGUUAAAAUCAUCUGAGGCUUCUCUUAGCUUUGUAAAUAAUGUAACAUUGGAUGAGGUGUAAAGAUUGUCGGUCUAGUAUUAGGUAUCUUACCUGAUAUUAAGUUCUUCAAAGUAAUGAAUCAGGUUGCUUAGGGAGUUCAAGAACUCUUGCAUAUUGUACUCCCAUGUGGGACAUGCCCAAUUUAAUCAACCCUGCAAUGCAAGACUAUUAAUGAAAAUUGCAAUUGUGAGAA